AUGGAACCAUCACUGAACAACACUGUUUCUUCAGGGUCAUCCCCUCCUCCGGUGACAAACUCUUUGCCUCAAGUAAUGAACAUGAACAUGAGCAUGAACAUGAACGUGGGUAGCUCCGAAACAACACCAACACCAACACCAGCAUCAGUAACAGCACCAGCACCACCUCCAACAACAACUGUUCCUGCAGUGCCUACAACAACAACACCGGGAAGCACCGGAGGACAAGGGAGCUUCGAUUUGUUUGGUAAAAAGAAGAGAGGGAGGCCAAGAAAAUAUGAUGCAGAUGGGAACCUGAGGUUGAGUGCAACACAACCACCCGCACCACCGGGCUUCACCUUGUCCACAUCUUCUGAGUUUUCUUCCAAAAGGGGUCGUGGCAAACACGCUGCGUUUGCCAACUAUCAACUCUUUUCUUCUUUUGGUGAGGUGUUUGCAAGCACUGCUGCUGGGGAUUUUACACCGCAUGUGGUGACUGUUUAUACUGGAGAGGAUGUUGCUGGAAAGAUCAUGUCAUUUGCCCAGAAGGGUCCAAGAGGAAUAUGCAUUCUCUCUGCUAACGGAGCUAUCUCAAAUGUCACCAUACGCCAACCUGGUUCUUCUGGUGGCAUACUGACUUACGAGGGCCGAUUUGAGAUUUUAUCUUUGUCUGGAUCAUUCACGGUUUGUGACAAUAAUGGCAUGAAAGGUCGAAGUGGUGGAUUGAGUGUCUCACUGGCUGGCCCUGAUGGUCGGGUCAUAGGAGGUGGUGUUGCUGGUCUAUUAACCGCUGCCGGCCCCAUCCAAAUUGUAGUAGGAAGUUUCAUGCAAAAUGGUUACAAGACACAUAAAAGGAAGUAUCAACGCGAACAUACAGUGGCCUCCCCUACUUCAGUUGGUCCAGAGGCAGUGACAGCAGCAAGACCUAUCUCACAAGCAAAUGCUGAUGGUGAAAACUUUAUGAUACCAAUGUCUCAGUUACCGGAUCAAAACCAGAGAGAAUCUGUCAGUGUUACAAGUGAUAAACAGAAUGUAGAUGCCACACCUGAUGCUGCUACUUGGAAUGGUUCUGAAGAAUUUUCAGAUCAGAGGACAUCCCCAGAUAUCAAUAUAUCUUUGCCUGAUGAAUAGAAGGUGAUGCAGAGGCUGACAUGGUAACUGAAUGAAACUAACACCAGGACUUUGUCAUGACAACUAGGUUAUUUGGCAUAAUGUACAGUUGUCAGAAAUUAGAAAGGAUUAUUAAGGCCUCAUUAUUUUUUCAUCUUACAGUUUCUGUUGAACA